UAUACGUAGUAAACGACGCCAUUUCAGUGAUAUGGUCCCAGCAGGGAACAUAGCGGUGCGAUUUGUGUUUGUGCGUAAGUCUCCCAACAUAUUUCACUCAAUUUCACUGACCCACUUAAGAUAUUAAACAGCGAAAGUGCUGGAAAAAUCCCUACACGCUGAAUACGUGAAUUAAGACUGCACCAAAGAAUUCCUUUUAUGGGUGUGUCUUAAUAACCUUGCGUAUAACGCAUCUUCUGUUCAUAAAAAUUCCUCUUCAUGACGGUGCAUGUUGGAUGUCAGAUGGACCGGGGCGAAGAAGAGAUAAUAAGCUGGAAAUAAGAUUCAAAAGUGUGCUAUUAGAUACAUCGUGGCUUGGUGCCAAAGAUGAGAGAGAGAGAGAGAGAGAGAGAGAGAGAAAGGCAUGGCCAUGGGUUCUCUGUAUUCAAGGUGGUUCCUGUACAGAGAGUAGUUUAGGUCAGGUAGAGAGUGCUGCUAGCGACCUCAGCUGCUGUAGACUCACUCACUCAAACUCGGCGAAGUCUGCCUCGUGAGUAGACAGGCUACGGAAAAGCCCUUAGACGGCGAGACGCCGCCGACCGUCAGCGAACUUGGAUCUUGGAAGGAAAGGCGACAAAAGUUGAGGGAACUUAGCUGGAGCGAAAGUGAAUCUGUUUAUCGUCAGUUUCCAGGGCGUUGUUAGAUCAAAGGGGAGACGGCAGAAGAGUCUUUCUUCCCCCUCCGUCCGAGUGUACUCGUAGAGUUUCUUGAACGAAACCUUAUUGUCGACUUAUGUGGCGGUUGUUCCCGUGAAAGUUUUUAAGUGCUCCUCAGUGCCCCCACUGCUCGUUUACUUUCUCCAGAGAAAAGCUAGAGAAAAUUGUCAGUCAAGGAAAAAAGUUGUCUGGAAUGUGGAAAAAGCAAUUGAAUUGCCCUUGCUUCCCGCGCUGGGGCGUAGGUGACUGUUGCAUGCUUUAGUGACUGUGCCUGCUCGUGGUGGUGGCUCUGCCGGAAGAGAGAGAGAGAGAGAGACGAGCAAAGACUGUCGGAAAGAAAAGAAAAGGAAAGUAGCUGCAUACGAGGAAAUCUUCUUUGGACUCGCAAAGAAAAAAAAAGAAAAAUAAAAGAAAAAUAACUUCAAUUUCUUUUUUCAAAUCACCGUCAGUAAAAACAAAGUUGUGUUGGUCUGAAGAAAAUCCAAGUAUCGCUUUCUGACGAAGUUUUGAAAGAUUUUUCUUUGAAGUUUGGCGAAGAAAUUUCCGAUACAAAAUGUAUGAAAAAAGUUUCUUUUUCGGGGAUGGAAAAGACAACUCAGUUAAAAUGUUGAUGUUUUGCUAAGAUGAUUGUGCACUCUGUCGGCUCUGGUAUGGUUCAAACACCACCUAAUCUUCUCGAGCGAACAAAUAAUCAUUCAUCGUUAAGUGACCCGCCUUCGGCUGCCGUUCAUCCGUUUCUGCUAGCUUUUUAUCUCGCUGGGACUUGCUUCUGUUUGAUAAUGGCUUAUUACCUGGAUUCUAACCGUCGCUCAUCAAAGGGCUGCAAGACGACUCCCGCCUACCCAGAGGAAUCAACAAAGACAAAUGAAGGAAACCUCAUAAUGCCGGCACCAGGAGACUGGAUUAGACCUUUAGGGAACCUUGAAACUUUCAUGGAAAUAGGAGGAGAGUAUGGAAGUCUCAAUACUGCACAAUCCAUUUGGCUGACCUCCAAGGAGCCAAUUGAUCCUGAGGAAGUAAAGAAAGCAGUCUACCAAGUUGCACUGAAGACUCAAGUAUUGCAUGUUUGUGUAGAAUGGAGAGGAAUGAGACCAUGGUUCAAAAGAGUGGACGAGUUUGUGUGCGAUUUUGAAGUAAUAGAAGGUGAUGUCAUGAAAGUUUUCUAUAUGUUACUUCAUAAGCAGUAUAAUAUGGUCAAAGGUCCACUUUGGGGAGCUCGGUUAGUUCCUAUACCUAAGGAAUCUCCGGAAGACAACCUACAUCGAGCUGCUCUGAUCUUCACUGCUCACCACUGCAUCACUGAUGGACACACAAACAUGACUUUCUGUCGUGACACUAUGGAGGUCCUUAAUGCCUCCAUGACUGGACGAGUGUACGAGGUUCCAUUGCGUCCUGUGAUUUCAGCAAAGUGUGACUCUCUCAUGUCAAAAAAGGAUUGGUAUUACGUUUUCAGGUAUUUUUGGUCCAAGAUGUUUGAUGCAAUCAUCAGGGACUACAGUAGCAAACUGUACUUUGGAGGAGCACUGGUACAGCCUCAAACAAAAGUAGCAGUUACAAAGAUUUUGAGGUCCAAUUUCACAGUUGAUGAAACUAAAGAAUUGAUACGUCACUGCAAAGCUAAUGGAGUCACGGUUCACUCUUGUAUCAUGGCAACAGCCAACUUGGCUUUGCUACAAACUGUUAAGCAGCGUGCAAAGUACAGAGUAGAUGCAGCAAGAAUAAAUAGUGUAAACUGCAUCAACAUGAGGAGAUACUUCCCUGCUGAAAUAAAAGAUGCCCUUGGAUGCCACAUAUCUCUUGAAGAAAAAGAAAUGAUGAUCCCAAGUAGUGCAGCAAAGAGCAAAGAACAGUUCUGGUCUUUGGUGAAAGUGUUUCACAAGAAUCUCAACGACAGUUUGAAUGUGCAUUAUGCUCCCAUCAAGAACGCUCCCUUGUUUAGGCCAUCGACCAUUUUGCUUCAUGUGAACUAUGAGCUGACUAAACGUGGCCGUAAAAACCGAACUGACAACCACAUGAUCAGUACUAACAUGGGAAACCUUAAGCACAUUCUUCCAGGAACGUAUGAUGGGCCUGUUGAAAUAACGGAUAUUCUCCGUUCAGUUUCCAGUGAGCUUACAGGUAAUCCUUUUACGUUGGUGUUCCAGACUUUUAGGGACCAAUUCAUGAUCUCUGUUGAUUACUACACAACUAAGAUGACAGAUGAGGCUGCCUCACAGUUCUUCAAUAAUCUAGUCACAUACAUUGGCAACAUAGCUCAGUAUGGCACAGUACAAGAGCCAUCUGCUCCUCUAAAAGCGUCUUUAUGCAAUACAGAAGGCACUGUCACAAUACCUGCCGAACAGUUUGGAAGUGUCUUUUCUACGAAGGAAGCCGAAAAACCCCCAAAGGAAAGUGAAGUUGGUCAUGUCAAUACAACCGAACGUAUUGAGAUCCAGAGAGAAAAAAAAUCUGAUGACCAACUUGCCAGAGCUGAAGAGGGUAUAAAAUCACCAAAAGAAAAUGGAUACAUUAACGCUUCAGAGAUUGUAUCUACCUUGACCAAGCAAGGAUACAUCAAUGAAAGUCUAAAUACUAUCAACGAAAGUCAUGUUUCCAAACAUGAACCAAUCAUCUGUAACAGACAUAUUGAACUGAUUAAUGGUUGUUGAAGACUCUUGGUAAAAUGAAUACUAUAAUCUCUUAAAAAUGAUGAAAUCUAAUGAGUGGAUUCAGACAGACUUUGAGCAUUUUGUUCCUUUACUGCACCGAGAUAUAUAGUGUUUUACCUGAACUGUGCAUAAAUAAAAGACUAUUUUUACCUGGAAAAAGUCAGGAUGUUGAUAAUAUUAAAAAAUUUUCAUUUUAUCACGUUCUUGUGCACUCACUGAUUACAGAAUUUAAUUUCAUGUCACCAGUGAUGUUAGUUACUUGGAUUUUUUUUCUCGUAGAAACUGUAGACUAGUGACCAUAUAAGUAGUAUUUUUUUAUGCAGACAUUAUAUUAUUGUUAAUUGAUUCAGCUUGUGAUAAGCUUUGCAUGUUCAUAGUUACAGUUUGUUAUAUAUUUUUGAGGUUGUAGUAAUCAUGAAAAAUAACAUAUCAUUUACGAUGAUUCACUGUACAUUAUUUACAAUCCAAGAGCUACUCUCUUGAUAAUGUUACAAACAGAUAUGUUUAUUGAUAAGGAUAUUACUGUAGUAUCAAAAUAAUAUCUGUAUAAUCUGAUUUCUAUGUAUUCCUAUAGAUAGAUCUCUUGUUAAAUACAGAUUAAUACUGUAGUAUUAACUGACUUCAGACAGAAGUGAAGGAUCUGAACGUGAUUGUAGUGUUGUAAAUGGCUGUGUCUUUACGCAGUAAUUGUUAGUAUUGUAUGUGUACAAGUGUAAGUGAUGGACUUACUCCAGAGGCAUUUUACAUAUGAAACUACAUGUACUUCGUAUGAUUUAUAUUAAACUAAUUAAUGUUUUUGUA